AUGACACGACCACCUUUAAGGAAAACAACUGACGUGAUAUUUCCUCAGGAUUACACCAUUUUGUACACACCGGAUAAGUUGCUCCCAAAAGCGAAUUGGCAACGAGUGAAUGCGCGUUGCCGUGACAGUUUCGGCAAAACGAUAGAAGGAUUACCGACCGAUAAUAUUUAUACAGUAUGCGUCGAGACGAAGCAACGGGCUGCUAAUGUCAGUGCUUCCUUGGAUCUGGAAAAAUGCGACACUGUUGAGCUUAAUAAAGAAACCACAGCUCCGCCAGAUUACGAAUCUUUCGAUGCUUACUCCGUUGCUCCAUGUCAGUGUUUGUGCACAAGCGAUGGGAAAGCCCUGGUACAACCGUCAUGUGGAAGUGUGAUGGAUCCAUUCCGACCGGUUUCUACUUUACCGCCGGCACUAGACGGUGAAUGCUUGUGCCGUAUGCCUGCUAAAGGUGGACGAUGCCCGAGUGGAUAUUACUUCAGUCAUGGACAAUGUUACGACGUCAAUGAGUGCCAGCAACAGAAUGGUGGUUGUUCGCAUGGAUGCGUGAACACGCCUGGCGAUUUUUACUGCGCCUGCCCAUAUGGCAUGAUGCGUGAUCCGAUGGAGCCGAAGACCUGUAUCAGUGUUGCUGGCAGUUUUGAUCGUAUCGCUGCAUUGCUUGGCCAAUAUCUGAAUGCUAAUCUUCCCGGUGACGUCAAAAAUAUUACCGCAGAAGAACACGGAGCUGAUGGUAGGCCGACCAGAUAUAAGGCGAUAGUGAAAUCAGGCGAUGAUAAAACGAUCUCACUUGAAUGGUCAUCGAUGCCAGCAGUCGUACGGAGGGCACUCAAAUGGCUGUUUUAA